AUGGCGACUGACUCCUCAAUUUCAUCCGCUGAAAAGCGCGAUGAGAUCAUCCCAUCGACCGAGAAGCGCGAACUCAAGGAGGAAGACGCGUACGAUGUAUUGGGCUACUGCUGGCCUCGCUGGAAGAAAUGGUCUUACCUCGCCGCUGUCGCUUUCGUGCAGGUGUCCAUGAACUUCAACACCUCAGUCUAUCCCAAUGCUGUCAAGCCCCUCGCGGCGGCAUUCAACAUCAGUGAACAACAUGCUCGGACUGGUCAAAUGGCCUACCUAGUCACCUACUCCAUUGGCUGUGAGUUGUGGGCGCCAUGGAGUGAGGAAUUCGGUCGCUGGCCCAUUCUCCAGCUCUCCAUGUUCCUUAUCAACAUCUGGCAAAUUCCUGCUGGUUUGGCACCUAACUGGGGUACUAUUGUCGUCGCGCGUGCAUUGGUACGUAAUUCUCGAUCAUUCGAUGUCAAAUGUCACCUAUAUGCUAACCAGUCGCAGGGUGGAAUCUCCACUGCCGGUGGUAGUGUGACUCUUGGUCUUAUUGCCGAUAUCUAUGAACCCGAUAAUCAACAAUUCCCAUUGGCCUUUAUCGUCCUUUCUUCGUGCAUUGGUACCAGUAUUGGCGGUGUCAUUGGUGGUCCAAUCGAGCGAUUCCUCGAAUGGGAAUGGUUCUUCUGGAUCCAACUCAUCUUCGGUGGUGUCACUCAGGCAAUCAUCUUCUUCAUGCCCGAAAGUCGAUCGACCAUUCUCCUCGACAGGGAAGCUAAGCGUCGUCGUGAAAGCGGCGAAGACCCGAACGUAUACGGACCGAACGAACUCAAGAACCCCCGUGUGUCUCUCAAGGAGGCCGGCAAGAUUUGGUGGCGACCCUUCCGCAUGCUUCUGACUGAGCCCAUCGUCUUCUGUCUGUCCCUGCUAUCUGGAUUCUCCGAUGCUCUGAUCUUCACUUUCCUGGAGAGCUUUGCUAUUGUCUACGAGCAGGGAUGGGGCUUCGGUAUUCUGGCACAGGCAUGGGCUGUCAUUCCUAUCAACCUUGCCUACUUCAUCACAUACUUCACAUAUUUCCCUUGGUUCUGGCGCGAUGAGAAAAUCCGACAGACCAAGGGCAACGAUGCGCUUACACCCGAGCGUCGCAUGAAAUGGCUCUUGUUCCUUGCGCCGUUCGAACCGAUCGGACUGUUCGGUUUUGCCUGGACUUCCUUUGGUCAAGAGCGCGGAAUUCCAUGGAUUGCAUCCAUGAUCUUCUCUACCAUGGUCGGUAUCGCAAACUACGCGAUUUACUUGUCUUCGGUCGACUACAUGAUCGCUGCGUAUGGUCCCUACUCGGCUUCUGCUUGCGGUGGUAACGCCUUCGCUCGUGAUCUCCUUGCUGGUAUCUCGGCCAUGUACGCGACUCCAAUGUACAACAACAUCGGAAACAAGUGGCACGUCGAGUAUGCCAGUACGGUCCUGGCGUGUCUGUCUUGUGUCGUCGUUGCCCCCAUCUAUGUGUUCUACUGGAAGGGUCCUGAGAUUCGUGCCAGGAGUAAAUUUGCUUCUGCGCUUGCUGAGGAUCGCAAGCAGAAUGAAGGCCGCAGAGUUAGCAAGGCUGCUCCCGAGCAACUGCCAGAGAAUGCCUAA